GCGGCGUCAUGGGCCCCCUCCCCGGGCCUCAGCGGGCACCAGCCGCGGGAACCCCCGGGCCUCCUCGCGGCCGAGCCUGAGCGACCCCCGGAUUCUCCGGCGCCCCCUCCCUCCGCCCUAUAUUUUCCUACUCUCGCCGCCGCUACCCGUUCUGCUCUCCGUUAUGGCAACGGAGCCGCCAUCCCCCCUCCAGAUGGAGGCUCCCUGCCCCGCAGAAAUGCGGACCCCACCGGCGAGCGAGGAUGCCCCCGAGGGCACCCCGCAGCCGGCGGGCGGCAGGCUGCGCUUCCUCAACGGCUGCGUACCCCUCUCGCAUCAGGUGGCCGGGCACAUGUACGGGAAGGACAAAGUGGGUAUACUGCAACAUCCCGAUGGCACGGUUUUGAAACAGUUACAGCCACCUCCAAGGGGUCCAAGAGAGCUGGAAUUCUAUAAUAUGGUAAGUGAGGUUUAUGCUGCUGAUUGUAGUGAUUGUGUUCUUCAAGAGCUACGACGAUAUUUGCCAAAAUAUUAUGGCAUCUGGUCACCUCCCACUGCACCAAACGAUUUGUACUUAAAACUGGAAGAUGUGACCCAUAAAUUUAAUAAGCCCUGUAUAAUGGAUGUAAAGAUAGGGCGAAAAAGCUAUGACCCUUUUGCCUCACCUGAGAAGAUCCAGCAACAGGUCAGCAAGUAUCCAUUGAUGGAAGAGAUUGGGUUCUUGGUGCUUGGCAUGAGGGUUUAUCAUGUUCAUUCUGAUAGCUAUGAGACACAAAACCAACAUUAUGGAAGAAGCUUAACAAAAGAAACUAUAAGGGAUGGAGUCUCCAGGUUUUUUCAUAAUGGGUUCUGCUUAAGAAAAGAUGCAAUUACUGCCAGUAUUCAGAAGAUUGAGAAAAUUCUGCAGUGGUUUGAAAACCAGAAGCAGCUUAACUUUUAUGCAAGUUCAUUACUGUUCGUUUAUGAAGGUUCAUCUCAGCCAACCACUACAAAAUUGAAUGACAGAACUUUGGCAGAAAAGUUUUUGUCCAAAGGACAACUGUCAGACACAGAACUACUGGAGUACAAUAAUAACUUUCACAUGCUAAGCUCCACAGCAAAUGGAAAAAUAGAGACUUCAGUAGGCAAAAGCUUGUCCAAGAUGUAUGCUCGUCACAGGAAGUUGUAUUCAAAAAAGCAUCACAGUCAAACUUCAUUGAAAGUUGAAAAUACGGAGCAAGACAAUGGGUGGAAAAGCUUGUCACAGGAACAUUUAAACGGAAAUGUACUUUCCCAACUGGAAAAAGUUUUCUACCAUCUUCCCACUGGUUGCCAAGAGAUUGCAGAAGUAGAAGUGCGAAUGAUAGAUUUUGCUCAUGUGUUCCCUAGCAACACAAUAGAUGAGGGAUAUGUUUAUGGGCUAAAACAUUUAAUCUCUGUACUUCGAAGUAUUUUAGACAAUUGAAUCCUUUGCAGCAGUCUUUGGAAGGGGUGGGCCAAUCGUUAUGAAGAGCAGCAGUCAGUAGCUCUGCACUUGUAAUGCUGUGUAAAAAUUUGUAUUGUGAGUUAUUUUAUUUGUCUUAAUACUUUUGGUAGAAAGGUUAACUUUUUUAUAAUCUUACUCAGGAAAACUAAUUAUUUGUUCAUUAUAAAGCUAUGAAGAAUAAAGAAACUUAGGAAUGUUAAACAGGGAAUGUGGUGGUACAUGGCUUCAACAUCUAUUUGGCUCAAGCAAAAUAUAAACCAUUAUUCAGUCAUUAAAGAGUUUAGUUGGCUUUCUGUAGCCAGUUUGUCAUAAAAUCUUUGUCCACCCAACCUUGACGAUGAGCCAUAGUUAAACUAUUGUAUUAUUAAAACACCUACAAAAAUCUAGAAAGCACAGGUUGAUGUUCUUAGUAUUACUCUGGAGUUAUUAAAACUGGAGAAAAUUCUACUUCAGGAAUAUGUACUGUUUAGGUUUUAUAGUAAAAGUUCAGACCAGCAUACUAAAAGGUGCUUCUUAGUGAAAUGAUUCAGAAUUGUUACAUUCCAAAAGCAGAUUUUUUCCCUUCUUUUAUUAUAUAUACAUUUCAAAAUAUUAUACUUAAUGAAAAGGUAAUUGAAAUAGACAGCAGCAGCAACGAAAAUCUUGAAAUUGAGGGCACUAAUUAUUCUUACCAAGGUUAGGAGAAAAGAAAGUUAUUUUCAAGGAAUAAGACAUUUUCUUUUAAAAUCUUUGAUUUAUGAAAAACUUGAAAUACCUGUUUCAUACAAUGUAAGGAGUGUCACAAAAGUACAUGCUACCUUUUUCUCUAUCUGCAGCUUCAAAAAGGUAGAUGAUUCAAACUUAGUUCUCUUAAGUUUUGAGAAUUUUUUUCUUUAAAAUUCAUCUAUGUCCCCAUUUAAAUAGUAGCAAAUGUGUGUUGUUAAAAGUAAUGUUUCUUAGAAUUCAGUGAAGCAAUGAAAGACAAUACCGAAUUAUGUUUUACCAAAACUCUUCUGUAUAAAUUAGUGCAUAAUGUAUGUAGGUGUGUAUUUACAUCCUUGCUUUUACACUCUUACUCAUAGCAGUUUUAUAUCAUACUCAACUGAGAAAUUAUAAUUUAAUUCAUGGGGGCAGUGGCAAUGUUAAUUUUCCUGGAAAAAUUAGAUUUUUAAGUGUUAUCUUUGAUUGAUCCCCACUUCUUUUUGUUUGUUUUAUUUCUUCUUGGGGUGGGGAGAGAGAGCCAGGCAUCUCCACCAGGGCCAUAUGCUAUGAUUUACCCCUUGACUCAGCUGCCUUGGAUGAUAGGCAUGCUCGCCUGGCAUGCCCAGAGAGGUCCCAGGAUGUGAACCCAGGACCUUUCCUACGUGAGUCCAGUUGUGUUACUGCCAUGCCACCACCAGAUCUGACACUCAUCACCUUUUUAAAAAAUGACUAAUGAUGUCAUUGAAAACAUUUAGAACUUUGGAAUUAAAUUUGCAAAUACUUUCGCUAUUAUGCUGUCAUCAUUUGCACUUUGAUUCACUAACAAACAACACAUCUAAAUGACCAGUUUUCCCAUAUUCCUGGAAAAUGUUUUGUACUUGUAAAUCGUUAGACCUUUUUCCUCCCUUUUUUACUUUUACAAAUUAAACUUUUAAAUCCAAGCACCUUUUUUGUAGUUAGAGAAAAGUAUAAAAAUUUUGUGUUUAUCUUAACCUUCUUAGUCCUCUCUGAGGGUACUUUGCAAAUACCCAAGUCCAAACGUAAGUACCAGAUCCCUAUGAAUUUCAUGCUUGGUAACUCUGUCAAACCAGAAUAAUGUUAAAAUAUAUAUGCAUUUUGUUAUAGCAUAAUUUGAUUGUUUUUAAUUUUUUAUUUAGAAUCAGCUAAGUAUUUUUCACAGGGACUUCAUGUUUUUCUAUUCUUCCCAGAUGGGUAUUGACUAUAGUUGUUUUGAGGUUUUUUUUUUUGUUUGUUUUGUUUUUUUAAGUAGAAUUUCCAGUCAUAACAAAAUGUUUAGUUUUAUGUUUUUUCAUAAAUAUGGACUUUGGCUGUUAUUAUUUACAUAGUGAUUCAGUAAUUCUUAAGCUCAGAAAAUUAAACACUAUUUUGAAUCUUAAUGAGACAAGAGGCGCUUUUUUGGUGUGUGUGGGGUAGCAUUGGCCCAUCUAUAAUGAAUUUAAUAAACUUAAAUAUUACCAAAUUUUUUGCACAUUUUAGCAUAAUGAAGUCUGAAUCAGCUGUUCCAGAUUUUCUUUAUCUAUAUAUGGAAAUAUAGUUUAAAAAGUCAGUGUCUAUCUUUUUGACGCUCAUGUUUUGUUUUAAUAAAACAAGCGCUUUAUCUUUUGUUUUUCAGGGAAGGGAUUAACAUUUAAUUCUGUUUACAUUUUUUAUCACUGUUAUCCAAUAUCCAUUUUAUAUUACUUUAUAAGUAAGCUUCCAUUUAAUAGACUUAAGUAUCUUUAGUAAU